GUGAAUUACUUCCCCUCUUUCUGCAAUCUUUGUUUUAUGUAAUUAAAAAUCAAAUCAAAUGAACCUAACAUUUAGCAAACAGAGAUAUCUGCUUUUUGUGGAUUCGUUUAUUUUAUUUGUUUUGUUGGCACAACUCAUGGAAAACAUCUCAAUGAUCAUUCACUCAGGAUUCCUUUAGUAUUCUUGGUACCCACAAUCUCAGGAAGGUUGACAACAACACAAUGAGAUACAGUAUAAAGAAAUGCAAGCAUCCAUCCUGCACUAAACUUGCAUCUGGGAAUGACAUCAUGCUCUUCAAACUGUCUAAGAAAGCUCAACUGGGCAAAAUAGCUCAACUGACUCAACUUCCAAAUACUGACAAUAAAAUAAAACAUAAAGAAAAGUGCCAAGUAGCUGGAAGGGGUUCCACAAAAACUGGUGGUAAAGCUGUUGAUGUACUGCAAGUGGUGAACGUGCCUUUUGUCAACCUGGAGGUCUGUAAGAAAGAAUGGGCCGAUAUUGGCUUGAAUCUUCCUGCCAAUGUUAUUUGUGCAGGUGGAUAUGACACAAAGAAUGGAUUCUGUCAGGGUGAUUUGGGUGGUCCUCUGGUGUGCAGUGCCCAAUGUCUAUACAGAUGUGUUAAAAUACCUUCCCUGGAUCAACAAGAUUCGGAAGCAAAAGGAUUGUUAAAGCAUCAGGAUUGGCUGAGUGCAGAUGCAGAACGGAGGUGUGGACCCAAAUGCAGACACAGACAACAGGAUGCAGUUAUUUGUGAUUUAAUCAAAAAUAACUGGAACACGCUUAUAUGGAGCACAGCAGGCAAGAGUCCAAACAAAGGUAAAUCCAACAGAGCAGAAAUAAUCCAAUUCACAGAAACAGGACACAGAUACUAAGGACUUACCAGGGCCAACAAGCAGGGAGGGAGUGCACAGGUGAAAGACACGAGGGACUAAUCACAAAUAUGAAAUAAACAUAUCUUUCUUUCUUCAUAGAGUCCUCUUUUGGUUUGUGCUGUAGGUAUAUUGGUUUAUGUACAGAUGUUUAUGAUUGCAUAAAGCCAGCCCAUAAGCAUUUCAUGACACUUGAUGCUAACAAUGCUAAACUACCGGCUGUGAACUUACAAUGAAAGGAAUUUAACUAGAGCAUCAGUUUCAUAACUGUGCUGUGAGAACAUUGUAGAUAAAACCUGACUCUGAAAAACUGUGGUUUCGGUGGUUCAUCUAGUUUGUCACAUAAUACAAACAAAUGCUUCAGUGGGCUGUUCAGAUCCACACCAAAGACUGGUUUUGCAUUACUUUUCGUCUGUCACUUAUAAAACCCAACAAACUAAAGUUCACUUGACGUGGCUGAGUAUCCACAUGCAGGGAGAGCAGCUUGUCCAAAACAGUGUCAGAAAUCUGAGAGACAGACAAAAUGGCCACUCUCAGUCUCUGUAGGUGCCAGUUUUGAACUUUCACUUUUUGAUUUUGUGUGUCUCUGCAUGCUCGAACUGGGCAAGAAAGUACAGCUCACUUCAGCUCCCAAAAAGUGAGUUUAAAAGUAUGAAACAUGCAAAAUUAAAAUAUAAUGUUGAAGGGUGAAAGGAGCCUUGCAACAGGAACCUGUCAGUUUCAUAAUGGUCAUGGAUAUGUUUCACUCUGAUGCACCACAAGAUCUGCAAGCAUUAGCUGAUGGGGCUGCAGGCAAACAGAGCAUCAACUAGCCACCAUCAGCCUGUGGAGAUGAAGAGAUAAAAACAUAUGCUGCUGACUCUGAGGAUGGAAACAAUAGACAUAAACAGUAUCUGAAACACAUCAGUAUUGUUAAAUAAAACACUGCAACAAUUAAACCUGGAUGUAAUGUAGCAGUGCAGCCUACAGAAAAUUUCAUCUGUCAGUUAUUUAUUCAAAACAAUACACACUUUAUAGAGGUAUUAAUAGUGAUCACAGUAACAGUUAUCUCUAUUAGGCACAGUGGUGCUUUGAGCUAAAUGCCAGCUUGCUAAAACACCCAAAAUGACAAUGCUAACAUGCUGAUGGUUAACAGAUGUGAUGUUUAUUGUAUAGUACAGCUGAGCAUGAUGGGAAUGUCAUUAGUUUAGCUUGUGUGUGGUCAGAAAAGUAUUGGACAAAGUCAAAUUUUCAUCAGAUGAAAAGAUUUAAGGCAUCACCAAAGUUAUUUUCAUCCUUAGUAAGACAUGAAUGUGGGUAGUAAAUUUCAUGGCAAUCCAUCGCAUAUCAGUGAAGACACUCAAAACCAGAACAGAAAAUUCAACAUCAUAGUGGUGCCAGAGGAAAAAUCGGGGAUCACCAAAGUCAUCAGGAUUCAUUCUUUUGGGGCCACAGAUGUCUGAACAAAAUUUCAUGGCAGUCCAUAGUUGUUGAAAUAUUUCAGUCUGGACCAAAGUGGCGGAAGUGACUGACAUUUACUUGAGGCAGGCCACUAUUGUGGGUAAAAAAACAAAUUCUGAAAAUGUCCUAAAUACCAAAUGUGAAAUACUAAUGAAAUCUCACCUUAUCCUAUCAUGGACACAGCUACACAUCUGUCUUCACUCGACGGUUGCACGGCUCGCAAACAGCUCUUCAUUUAGUAUCACUUAUGCAGGUCACUGCCUAAGUAACUUUGUUAACUUUCAUUUGCCAGCUCUAUCUUCCAGUUAAUUGAGGUUCUUCUUAAAGAAAAUAAAAAAUGUUGCGUAGCUAGCUGGGGUUGAGAAAUUGCUUUUAAGAUGUGCACAAGUGACUAGAUGAUGUGAACCAACGAAGGUUA